UUUAAAAUAUUGUCCUUCUCAGUAAUGGCGGCUUCGUUCUCGUCUCCUUCGGCGAAUAACAGUAAAUGGUACUUCACUCGCGAACAGAUCGAAAACAGUCCGUCUCGGCGAGCGGGACUGGAUCCCGACAAAGAGCUGUCGUACAGACAGCAGGCUGCUAACCUGUUACAGGACAUGGGACAACGGCUCAAUGUGUCCCAACUCACUAUUAACACUGCCAUCGUCUACAUGCAUCGUUUCUACAUGAUCCAGUCCUUUACACGCUUCCACCGUAACGUGAUCGCUCCAGCCACACUGUUUUUAGCAGCAAAGGUGGAGGAGCAGCCUCGCAAGUUGGAGCAUGUGAUAAAGGUGACCCAUGCAUGUCUCAAUCCUCAGGACCCUUGUCCAGACACUAGGAGUGAUACUUACCUGCAACAAGCCCAAGACCUGGUCAUUCUUGAGAGCAUUAUACUCCAGACCCUCGGUUUUGAGAUCACCAUUGACCAUCCUCACACUCAUGUAGUCAAGUGUACCCAGCUUGUACGAGGUAGGUUUUUACCUUUUUUAGUAGCUCUGUCUCAUGGUCCUGUGCCAAUGCAUGGUAUUUCAUCCUCCCAGAUGAUUGUGGAGAUUUGUCAGGCUUAUUUGUAUGGAUGUUUCAUUUGGGAUGUUCUUACAUUUGUUGUUCCAGCGAGUAAGGACUUGGCCCAGACAUCAUACUUUAUGGCAACCAACAGUCUACACUUGACCACAUUCUGCCUGCAAUACAGCCCACCUGUCGUUGCCUGUGUCUGCAUUCAUUUGGCCUGCAAGUGGUCCAACUGGGAAAUCCCUGUGUCCACUGACAACAAGCACUGGUGGGAGUAUGUCGACCCAACAGUCACUCUUGAGCUCCUGGAUGAGCUCACUCAUGAGUUCCUGCAGAUUUUGGAGAAGACCCCUAGCCGUUUGAAACGCAUUAGAAACUGGAAGGCGGCAGGCCAGACAGCAAAAAAGCCCAAAGUCCCGGAGGAGGGUGAUAAGACAGAGACCAUGAUGAACAUGAUCUCCAUGGCGUCAUCUGGAAGUACACUGGCUGGCCUGAUGAGCCUCUCAGCUCCUCCCUCUGGCUCCUCCUCCUCCAUGGCAUCUUCUUCUGCAGAUGAGAAGGACCGCAGCUCGGCUGGAGGCUCCCAGCAAUGGCAGCCUGGGGGCAAAGAGCAGCAGCAGCAGCAACCCAACCACGAGCUGCAACCUCCUGCUAGAGUCUCCAUGAGCCUGAGCGAGUACCGGGCCAAGCAUGCUGAUGAGCUGGCAGCCCAGAAAAAGAAGCUGGAAAACAUGGAGGCCAGUGUGAAGCGGGAAUACGCCACAGCUGCCCAAGCCUUGUUGGGUCAGCAGAGGAAGGAGAAGCACCAUCACCAUCACCAGCAGCAUCCCAGCUCCCACAGUUCAGGCUCCAGCACUUCAGACCCAAGUAAUCCAUCACCUAUUGUCCUCAAGAUCCCCCUGGACGAGCGGCAGGAUCGCGGCUCACUGAAGAUGCGCCUGCACCCCGGGAGUGGUCAAUCACAGGGGCACAGCAGCCGAGGCCCUGAGCAGGACAUUAAAGUGCGCAUCCGUGUGCCAGACAGACGAGGAGGUUCGGGAGAAGAGGGGAAGAGUAGGGAGAAGCACAGAGAACGGUCCAAUCAUCAUCACCAUCACCACCAUCACCACCACCACUCUUCUUCUAGUAGCGGCUCCAUCUCUUCAUCCUCCUCUUCCUCCUCAGCACAUAAACACUCUAGUUCUGCGAGCGCUUCUGGAAGUAGCAAAAAAGUCCCUUCAAGCGACCCCAUGAGAAUGAGUUCGUCUUCAUCUUCAUCUUCCUCCUCUUCAUCCAGAAAACGAACACACCCCUCGGAGCCUUUAGCAAGCUCCCACCCUUCUAAAGUCAGUAAAUCCUCUAGGAACUCGUACCAGAUGCCUCCCCUGCCCCUGCCUCUAGCUCACGGUGCAGACAUCUUGCCCUCUCUGGGGCUUUCGCACCAUCAGGAGAGCUACUCGCACUCCAAAGGUGACAAGGCUGACACCAACGGCCACGGUGCUGCCGGUGGGAACCAGUCCAACGAGUACCAGGACACAUUCGACAUGUUGAAUUCACUGCUGAGCGCCCAGGGGGUGCAGCCCACCCAGCCACAGAUGUUUGACUACCACUCCCAGUACAGAUACGGAGGCGGCUCGAGAGGAGGAACAUCCCAGCUCCCGCCUCUCCCUUCGGAACCCCCUCCACAGCUUCCACCUCUGCCUAAAUGAACCCCGACCCCUCCCCGUCCAUUCAGCCCAGCCAGUCAUGUGCACAGUCCUGGCCUGGGCUUCCUAGGUUCCGUCCCUAUGAAUUGUCAGACUUUUAUGUUGACAAAGUACCACUAAUUUGACCUCUCUAUCCAUGGUUCACUCGCAAGUGCGUUCUUUCUACUGUUGCUAAGCAGGUGAAAUUUGGGCUUCGCUCAUCAAAAAUACUAAAUCACACUCUUAGCAUAGAUUGUGGGACUUUGACAAAUAUACAGAUUAGUCCAAAAAAAGAAAAACAUACUGCAAAUUUAUGUAUUUUUGACAAAAACUGAGUUGUGCAUUUCAGUUUCUCUCUUGAUUGAGUGGGGACAUAAAAAUUUAAUACUUGUUCUCGCAACAGUAGGCAGGUUUUACAGGUUUUUUUUUAAAGGUUAUUUAAUCACUUAGCCCCCCUUUUAA